CUCGUCCACAACACGACGCGAUCAAACCUUCCUUCUUUACAUCUACUAUCUUCAAGUAGCCCAGAGCGCGACAACCCGAACGAUAUAAGUCUGCGUCUAUCCCCCACCAGAUUUAUUCCACACUCAGCGAACGAAACCCAAACCCCGACCAUCAAACAUGGGUGGCGACCUUAAUCUCAAGAAGUCCUGGCACCCCGUCCUCAAAUCCAACCAAGAGCGUGUUUGGAAAGAGCAGCAAAAAGCUCUUGAAGAACGUAAGCGCAUAGAACAACUGCAAAAGGAGCGCGAAGAAGAACGUCAGAUCGAAGAACUUCAAGCGCUUCAAGAGCAAGCCGGUGGCUCGAAUCGAGCCAAGCGCGUAGAAUGGAUGUACAAUGGCCCCGCAGCUGGCUCAACAGGGGUCACAGAAGAGAAAGAGGCUUUCUUACUAGGAAAGAGAAGGUUGGAUGUCUUAUUGAAAGAUGAGGCAGCGGAACACAUGAAGAAGAAUGGCGCUCAGGAGGGAUUCAUGGCGGUUCAGCAGAGUGCCAAUACGCUGCGGGAUACUGCGGCGAAGGUUAGGGACGAUCCAUUGCUGGCUAUUAAGAAACAAGAGCAGCAAACGUAUGAGUCAAUCAUGAAUGACCCUAUAAAGCGGCGUGCGCUGUUGAAAGCCAUGGGGAAAGGGGACCAGGAAAAAGUGAGGGACCGUGAUCGGGAUAGAGACCGAAGGCACAAUCGGAAGAGGGAGGACAGAGAAGAGCGAUAUCAUGAUGAUGCGCGCGAAAAGCGACACCGUGAUGACGACCGAGAGCGGAAACACAAGUAUCGCGACCGAUCAGAAGACCGUGCAAGACAUCACAGAAAUGGGCGAGAUCGCUCAAAUUCAGAAGAACGUUACCGGGACCACCGCCGCCACAAGCGCGAAAGAGAAGAGGAUAGAGAUGACUAUUCUCGCGCUGAGAGGCCUGGGAAGCGUCGCAGUCGGAGCCCACAACGAUAUCAUGAUGACUCAACGACUCGGAAACGAUACGAAUCUCCAGUCAAGUCUCGUGAUGACAGGGCAUAUGGUCGAAGGCGCUCACACUCCCGCGAGCGACGACCAAGCGUCUCUCCUAAACGAUCACAUCGCCACGAUCAAUCCUCCAAAUCACGUUCCCGUCCCCAGGUUCACAACCACCGAACCGGACCUGAGAGGCCCGCAUCGAACGCCAAGGCUGAAUCCGAUGAUGCUGCUGCACGAGCGGCGAGGCUUGCUGCUAUGCAAUCUUCAGCCGAUGAUCUAGAACAGCAGCGGAAAGCUCGCCUCAUCGCUAUUGAGGACCAGGAUCGGAGGACGAGGGAGGCUGAAGACCGGAUGAGAUCAGAAAGCGGGCGAUUUGUGAGUGGUAUGAGAAGGAAAGCGGGCGAUCUAAGCCUGGGAGAGGCAAUGGGGAGGAGAGGGAGAGUUGGCGCUGUUGGUUCGGAGGAUUAGCUGGCACAUUGCGGCCUGAAGCUGCCAUCAUAGGUCCGGUUAGCUGUUAGAUGGUGCACAUGGUAUAUCACGACUUGAAAUGAAAUCCUUCAAUCCAUGCGUG